AUGUCUGCUACAUUUGUUGAAUCUACAGAUGGUAAACGACAGUUAUGUUACCUCAGCUAUGGAUAUUCUUUAAAACGUAAGAAUAAAAAAGGUUCUGAGUACUGGAUAUGUGUUAAAUCUCAAGCAACAGCUACAAGUUGUUCAGAUUUAUCAGUAACUGUACGUGAUAAACAUACACAUGUACCUGAUGAAACCGAUAAACAAAUAUUAGAAAUACAACAGAAUCUUAAACGCAAAGAUAUUGACGAAUCUGUUCCAAUUGAUCAUAUAAUCGAAGAAGCAUUUCAUGCAAUUAAUAAUUAA